UGGGCCCUCCAGGAAACGCGCCCUUGGGCCCGCCGCCCGCAGCAGGGUGGCUCCCAAGCGGGACAUGACGGCGGCGGGGUCGGCGGCAAGCGGCGGCCCUUCACGAGCUCCUCAGCGGCUGUCCUUCCGUCCGCUCCCAAGAACGGCCCUCUCGUGCGCAGGCGCGGCAGCGCUCGCCCGCUUUGUCCUUGCGGGGGCGCGCGGGCGCGCCGCUCUAGGUGUCCGGCACUCUAUCCUUUGCUCCUCGGGGGGGGGGGGGGGGGCCGGAGGAGGGAAGGAGGGGCGUGGCCGUCCCGGGCAAAUGCCGGCGAUGCAGGUGUGCCACGCUCGCGCCGCGCGCUGCUUUCUCCGCCCGGGGUUCCUUCGGCGCUUGGCGGAGCAGCCGGGCGGCGGUCUCCGGCGGAGUUCUUGCGGGUCCCGGCGGCGGUUGCUGCUGCUCUCCACGCCCAUCUUCUAUGUGAACGGGCCGCCGCACAUCGGGCAUCUCUACUCGGCCGUCCUGGCUGAUGCUCUGCACCGGCAUCGGGAGUUGCUGGGCUGCGAGGGAGGGCGGCUGGCUACAGGAACGGAUGAACAUGGCUUGAAAAUUCAGACAGCAGCGGCAGCUGCCGGCAUUUCUCCGGAAGAGUUCUGUGACCGUGUAUCGGCCGAAUUCCGGGAGCUCUUUGCACAGGCGGACAUCUCCUACACCCAUUUUAUCCGCACUACGGAACUACGGCACCGGCAGGCUGUGGAGUGCUUCUGGGCUGCCUUGCAGGAUGGUGGCUGGCUCUAUCAAGCUGACUACGAAGGGUGGUAUUGCACAGCGGAAGAGAGCUUUUUGGCAGCCUCUCAGGUGACAGAGUCUGUUGAUGCCCAAGGGAGCAAGCAGAUGGUUUCCAUAGAGAGUGGGCACCAGGUGCACUGGACCAGGGAGAAAAACUACAUGUUCCAGCUGUCCAAGUUCCAGGAGCCAUUGCAACGAUGGCUGUGCGAGAAUAAGGGCGCCAUCACCCCCGAGCCCUACUAUCAGCAGGUCCUUCAGGGUCUGGAAGGGGAUCUCCCGGAUCUCUCUGUAUCCCGUGACCGAACCCGGCUGCAUUGGGGCAUCCCUGUCCCUGGGGACUCGACCCAAACCAUCUAUGUCUGGGUGGAUGCCCUGGUGAACUACCUGACGGUGGUAGGUUACCCUGAGAAGCACGGGGCCUGGUGGCCCGCCGUUUGCCACAUCGUGGGCAAGGACAUUCUCAAGUUCCACGCCAUCUAUUGGCCUGCUUUGCUGAUGGCUGCAGGCCUGGAGCCCCCCCAGCGGAUUUGGGUCCACUCUCAUUGGACGGCAGAAGGCCAGAAGAUGUCCAAGAGCCUGGGCAAUGUGGUUGAUCCAAAGGAGUGCUUCCGGCACUACACGGUCGAUGGCUUUCGGUACUUCCUGCUGAGACAGGGGGUUCCGGAGCGGGAUUGUGAUUACUACGACGAGAAGGUGGUUAAGCUGCUCAAUUCGGAGCUGGCCGACGCCUUAGGGGGCCUCCUGAACAGGUGCACGGCCUCUGCCCUGAAUCCCAGGGGGGCUUACCCCCUCUUCUCCGAGACCUGCUUCCCUAGGGAUGUGGAGAUUCCAAACAGAUCUGGCAAGGCCCUAACAGAGGACUACAAGCUGGUGUCGUCGGUCGAGAGCCUGCCUGUGACAGUGAGCGCCUUUUUCGAUCGCUUCCAGAUCUACAAGGCUCUGGAAUCCAUCACGGAGUGCGUGAGGCAGACCAACGGCUUCGUCCAGAGGCACAGGCCGUGGAAGCUACGCCGGGAGGAUCCCGCAGAGAGAGAGUGGCAAGAAACCAUUCUCCACGUGGCUCUGGAAUGCCUUCGGGUAUACGGGCUCCUGCUGCAACCGGUGGUCCCGGCCAUGGCUGACAAACUUCUCUCACGGUUGGGCGUUUCUCCUACGGAAAGAUCUCUCAAAGAUUUGGACUUCCUCCCCCGCUAUCAUGGCAGAAGAUGCCCCUUUGAAGGCAGGAAGCUGGGGCCGGAUCCUGGCCUCCUCUUUCCCAGGCUUGAGAAAAGUCUGAAGCUGGCAAAUAGAAUAAAAUAG